AUGGAUCUUAUUCAGGCGAAUAAGGAUCUUAUUUCCACAGGAAAGAAGGAAUUUAAUGUUCUGCUGAGUCAGCAGGUCUUUGGUGAUCCUCUUAUCUCUGAAGAAGCCAUGGUGAUUGUGGUGAAUGACUGGAUAAACUUCUAUAUCAACUAUUAUAAGCAGAAGAUUACAGGGGAGCAACAAGAGCAAGACAUGGCUCUGCAGGAACUUCAGCAAGAGCUGAACACCCUAGCCAGCCCUUUCCUGGACAAAUACAGAGCCUUCUUGAAGUCCCAUGAGGACCCAAAUAAUCUAUCGCCUUCCUCCUAG